CUUUUAGCUCCCUCCUCUUUCCACACCUCCCCCUUCCUCUCCUGUUCACUUUUCACAGCCUGCUCUCAGUGCUAGAAGGCUGGGUGACUACAGAGCAGGGCUCUACUGAACAGCACUGUCAAAAGCUAGGCUGGAGGCGGUAAAGCUCCCAGAGCAACUGGAAGGCGGGGAGGUAGGCAGGAGAAGCUUCAGGGUAAAGGCUCCAUUUAUCGCAAGUCCCUGUGCCACGCCUCCUUGGUCAGCAAAGUCUUUGCCCGGGUACACUCUCCUUAUGACAGGCGCGAAGAGGGACGAAUGAAGUCUCUGCAACAGCUCAGAGCAGCUUCCUCCAAAGCUGCAGCUGCUGUACCCAGCCCAGAUGUUCAGCAGAGCAGCAGCCCAGGAAAGCGCCGGAGCAGGUGGUAAGGAUGGAGGCGCCUGCCCGCUGCCGGUCCCACGCUGCUGGGGCGGCCAAUGAGACUCCUCUGAGCAGCGGCUCUCUGGUCUCCUUAGACUCUAGCGUCUUCUGCAGCGAGGGUGACGGAGAGCCCCUGGCCCUAGGGGACAGCUUCACGGUUAACGUGGGCGGCAGCCGCUUUGUCCUAUCCCAGCAAGCGUUGUCCUGUUUCCCGCACACGCGACUGGGCAAGCUGGCCGUGGUGGUGGCAUCUUGUCGCCACCCUGGCACCCUGGCAGCGGCAUCCAGCACCCUGGAACUCUGCGAUGACGCCAACCUAGUAGACAAUGAGUACUUCUUCGACAGGAGCUCACAAGCUUUUCGCUAUAUUCUACACUACUACCGAACUGGAAGGCUACAUGUCAUGGAGCAGCUGUGCGCUCUCUCCUUCCUGCAAGAGAUCCAGUACUGGGGAAUCGAUGAGCUAAGCAUAGACUCCUGCUGUAGGGACAGGUACUUGAAAAGAAAGGAGUUGAGUGAGACCUUAGAUUUCAAGGAUGAUACUGAAGAUCAGGAGAGUCAGCAAGAAAGUGACCAGGAUUUUUCUCAAGGGUUCUGCCCCACUUCCAGACAGAAGCUCUGGGACAUUCUUGAAAAACCAGGAUCUUCCACAGCUGCCAGGAUCUUUGGGAUCAUCUCCAUCAUUUUUGUGGUCGUGUCCAUUGCCAACAUGGCCCUGAUGUCAGCUGAACCCAGCUGGCUGGACAUGGAGCUAUUGGAGGCCCUGGAGUACCUGUGCAUUACUUGGUUCACUGGAGAGUUUGCCCUGCGCUUGCUCUGUGUGAGGAAUAGGUGUGGCUUCUUGAGAAAGGUGGCAAACAUCAUUGACCUCCUGGCCAUCCUCCCCUUUUAUAUCACUCUAUUGGUGGAGAGCCUGAGUGAAAAUGAAACCACACAAGAGCUGGAAAAUGUGGGGCGCAUCGUGCAGGUUUUGAGACUACUCAGGGCUCUGCGCAUGCUAAAGCUGGGCAGACAUUCAACAGGCUUGAGAUCACUAGGAAUGACACUCACUCAGUGUUAUGAAGAGGUUGGCUUGCUGCUCCUAUUUCUCUCUGUGGGCAUUUCAAUAUUUUCCACCGUGGAAUAUUUUGCUGAGCAAAGCAUGCCAGGCACAACCUUCACAAGUGUGCCCUGUGCAUGGUGGUGGGCAACAACAUCCAUGACUACUGUAGGGUAUGGUGAUAUAAGGCCGGACACCACCACAGGCAAAAUUGUGGCCUUUGUUUGUAUUUUAUCAGGGAUACUGGUUUUGGCCUUGCCUAUUGCUAUUAUUAAUGACCGCUUUUCUGCCUGCUAUUUCACUCUGAAACUGAAAGAAGCAGCUAUUCGACAGCGUGAAGCCUUGAAGAAGUUGACAAAGAAUAUUGCCACUGACUCCUAUAUCAGCGUUAACUUGAGAGAUGUUUAUGCCCGAAGUAUUAUGGAAAUGCUCCGAUUGAAAGGCAGAGAAAGAGCAAGUACUAGAAGCAGUGGAGGAGAUGACUUUUGGUUUUAAAUCCACUUACAGUGUAUUUUUAAAAAGCUUGUAUGUAAUUGGCAAAGUUAAUGAAGCAUUGAUGUAUAUGUCUGCCAAUGUUAAGAUAAUUAUCUCAUAGCAUUUGCUGUUUUAAUUUUUGCAAAUAGUUUCCUUGGUAUGUCAGAGUAUGUCAUGUCACUAAAGGCAAAUAGAAAUUUUCAGGGUGACACUGAAGCUACUUUUUCACUUUGGGAUAUUAAAACCACCAAAGCAAUUGAUACAUCAAAGUAAAACCAUUCCAAUAACAUAGGUAUGGCAGGAUUUUAAUGUGUAGUGAUAAAACUAUGACAUGGAGAACAUUAAGGAAGUGAUUAUGCCUUCAAGCCCUAUUUAUAAAGGAAUGAUAAGAAAAAAAUUGAACACAGAAAGAGGAGUGAAAACUUACAUCUAUAUGUAAUACCAUUUUCUAUUCAAUUGCAUUACCCCAGGAAAGAAAUUAAUUUUGUUAAUUCACAAAAGACUAUUGCUACACUAGCAUGCUUGAGCCCUAAAUAGCCCAAUUAGCUUUUCACCAAGAAAAAGUUGGUUUUCUAUUUACAGACUGAUCCUCCAGCUUCACAAAAUGUCCAGUUAAUAACUGGCAUAGAUACUGAAUGAGGCAGGCAAAUGCCCUGGAUGAUUACUUUAAUACCACCAUCAUUACUUGGGGACUGAGGUUGGGGCAGAGGGCAGAUGACAUAGGGGCGACCAUGUGGAAAGCAGACUACUUAGAAUGCUUUAUGAAGGUUCAGUUGACAACUUUUCCAUGGAAUACUUUCAUCCUAGCUAAUUGGUUUGGUAACUCUAUGGGUUCACUAACAGUGAUGUAAUUACUAAGGCAAUUUGCUUGAUGGCAUCCCAAUUUAUACUCUAGAGGUGCCUGGUUGACCCUGAUUGCCUUCUAUUCAGUGAAUAUUUGAGGAUUACAUCAUGAGAAAAUUCAAAAUUCAAAAUUUCCAUUAUUAAAUUAUUACAAUCAGUAAAAAGGGUAUAUUUAAUUAACACCAGUAGUCUCAGUAGUCAUUUAUUUGUUCAUUUAUAUUCUAUACAUUUCUCUCAUUGUCCCAGGAAAUUUUCCAUCAAAGUUCUGAGGCUGACUGAAAGGCAAGAAAAGUCAAUCAUUUGUCUUGAGAAUAAAUAGUACUUUGUCUGCCUUAUUAUAGAAUUAAUUCCUAACACUCUCAAGUUAAAAGGCAGAAAAAUCAAUAAUAUAAAAUCCAUUGUUGUGGGGAUAGGGACUGGUCCUGUCAUUUGAUCAAUAUCUAGAAUUCCUAGAUGAGGAAGCUCUCUAUAUCACUGAAGUCACCACCUUCCUGUGAUUUUUUAUAGUCUUCGUUGCCUAGAGGACAGAGAGAUUAAGUUACUAGCCCUGAAUCAAAAAGGUAUGUUGGGUUAGAGACAGGACAUGAACCUAGGUCAGCUUUCUAACCACUGAGAUACCUGGAGAUAAGUGAGAUUUAUGGAUUUUGUGUGUAUGUGUGUGUUAUACCUAUUUAUUAAUCCUGAAUCCAAGGAAUAAAUUCUUACCCAGAAAA